GUGCAUUUUUUCCACUAAGGUGAGGCGACUUCCACUUACAACAGUUACAGUCUGAAGAAAAUGAAGAUGAUUCACCUGAUAGACGGACUGUCCCUCAGGUCACAGCUCACUGAGUUCAGUGCUUUGGCUGUUCAUUAUGCUGUUGCCUUCCUUCUCAUGACGCACUCAUGUAUUGGUCAGUCUGGGAUGAUUAGUCUGUCUCAGCCAAUAGUGGCAACGGUUGGUGAUGACAUAAUUUUGCCAUGUCGUCUGGAACCUGCCGUGGAUGUGGUAUCUAGGGCUGUGGAGUGGGCAAGACUCGACCUGAACCCCAGGUUUGUCCAUGUGAGACGAGACGGUGUGGAGCUUUUGAUUGACCAGAAUCCGUCCUACUUGGGGAGGACAUCGAUCCCAGUCGACAAACUGAAGUGUGGGGACGUGUCAUUGAAACUCUCUAAACUGAAACUGUCUGAUAAUGGAACAUACAGAUGUUACAUUCCUGAGCUGAAAAAAGGCUUUACUGUUCAGCUUAUUGUUGGUGUUUUCUCUUCCCCAAGCAUCAGCAUUGCCAGAGAUAGCGGAGCUGCAGUGAUGUUAGACUGUAAGUCUGCAGGCUGGUAUCCAGAGCCUGAGGUGUUGUGGCUGGACGGUGAGGGAAAGCUCCUCUCUGCUGGACCUACAGAGACAGUCAGAGGUCCUGAUGACCUCUAUACUGUCAGCAGCAGAGUGACUGUGGAGAAGAGACACAGCAACAGCUUCACCUGUAGAGUCCAUCAGAGGAACAUCAGCCUGACAAGAUACACACACAUCCAUGUUGCAGAUAAUGUCCUCGUGGUCCCAUCUUGCUUCACUGUUCGUGUCAGCAUUAGCCUGGCUGCUUGCUUCAUUUCUGUCCUCACAGUCAUCUUUAUUGUGAAGACAUGCGGACUGAACAAGACCAGUGCGCCCCAUGAGAGCAUACAGACUGAACUUGGAAAAAGAGAGAAGAUCCCAGCAUCCAGAACCACCACGGAGCGUCAGUCCAUGACUGAAGGAACAAACAGAGAGAAGCUCAUGGGAGAAGGGAAUGAGAAAGCUGAUGGUUUGGACGAGACGGACACAGACCUCAAGGGAGGCUUACUGGGGGCACAUUUAGACCAGGUAAUUAGGAACUUGGAGGACCAGAAGACUGCUCUGGAAAAACAGAUAGAUAAACUCAAGUCAGGACAGCUGGAGGUGCAGAAACAGAUAUGGGAGCGCGAGAAGAAGCUUGAGAAUCCUGCCUCAUUUGACAGAGAGAGAAAACAACAGAAGCGUGAAGCAGCAAAAAAGGAACUAGAGAAGAGAAAACAAGAACAUGACGAACUGCUACAGACCAUGGAGACUCUACUGGAGACAACAAAGGAGGUAAUUACUAAUAUGAAACAAAUAAAGGAAAAACUAGAGAAGGAUAAGUAACAAAUAAAUAAACAUCUGAAGGAGAAACAGACAAAUUUACAUUGAGGAAAUAAUUAAGGCUGAGCAGUCAAACAAAAAAGCAACAGACAGACCAAAAAGGUCAUUCAUCAGGUACAAAUAUUGAUUUUGUAUUUCUUGAUCUACAACUAAAAAUCAAACUGUUAAAAGGCAUAAAAAAGCAAAACAAAACCAGGAGAAGGCUAUUCAAAUGUGUGAUUUGUUUAGAUACAUUGUAAACAGGUUAAAGCCGCUUUUUUGUUUCUUCUUUUCAGAUCAGACAAAAUCUCUCAGUUUCAGUAACUAACUUGUCAGAAUAUAUUGUUAAUCAGAUUUUUACUCAGAUUUUGAUUUUGUAAUAACCAAGUAUGCUAACACUUCUGUCUUUUUCAACUGUAUAAUAUUGCUUAAAAUGUGAGAAUAAAGUUUUGUAUUUCC